AUGCCCGUCGCCCGAAGAAGAAAAAAAAUGACUGAAGCUGUGGUGAGUGGAAAAGAUACCGGCUGCUUAUUCGUUAACAAUGGUAAUGAUUUGUUGACUUUAAAAAAAGUUGUAUCCAAAAAAACACACAAAGACGGUGAAAUACGAAAACUUAAUAAAUCUGUAGACACUAAUGGCAGUGAAAGUGAUACAGAUCGUAAUAUUACUAUCGGUUCAAUUAUCACCCAAGAAGAUCGUGAAUCAGAAACUAUUUAUAUCUUUAAUGAAAAUUCAAAUGAAGCAGAUGUAAAUAACGGUGAAAAAGAUAUUCAAGUAACUCCUUCAAUCAAAUGUCCAGAUGUUCCAUAUUCUCCGAGUGAUUCUUUAUAUGAUAAUGAUUCACAUGAUUUGCAAAAUGAUUAUUCAGAAUUAAAUAAUAUUGGAUCACCUGCGUCUAACUUUAAUAUACCAGUAAGAGCACCAUUACAUUUUUAUAAGGAUUCAGAUACUACGUCUGAGGGUGAUCAUUUUUUACUGGAAAAAGAAGUAUUAAAUAAUAAGCGAAAACGAAAAUUUGAAGAUUUGGCAGAACAAGAUCAAAAGUCUACUAAGAUACUCAAAUUGUGGAACUUGAUGAAAUAUCCUUUCCAAAAAAUAACAUAUGGUACUUUAAUAAGUGAAGAUAAAUCAAAUAUUUCUAUAGCGGAAAUCAUAGCUGAAAGAGAGAAUACCAUAGAACCCGAAUCUGUUGUUUGUGAGAAUAAUAGUGAUGAUGCAAAAACUGAAGAAAAAGAGACUCAAAACAAUUUUGAGGCAGAUGAAGAAAUUGAGGAUACUUCAAUAAAUGUGAAUACACAACCGUUCUGGAAGGACUGUAACAUAAUGUAA